AUGGAAAAAUUAGAACGUUUCGAUGAUUUUGAAUAUAAUAGAGGUGAUCUAAUUGGACGUGGUGCAUUUGCUUUAGUUUUUAAAGGACGUAAUUGGAAGAAUAAAGAAACUGUAGCUAUAAAAGCUAUUGAAAAAAAAAAUUUAACAAAAUCUCAUAAUUUAUUAAAAAAAGAAAUACGAAUAUUAAAAGAACUUAGUACAUUAAAACAUGAAAAUUUAGUAGGAUUAAUAAAAUGUUUAGAAACAGCAAGUUAUGUAUAUUUAGUUAUGGAAUUUUGUAAUGGUGGAGAUUUAGCAGAUUAUUUACAUACACAUAGAAAACUUGAUGAAAGAACAAUUCAACAUUUUUUAGUACAAAUUGCUAAAGCUUUAGAAGCAAUGAAUGGUAAAGAAAUUGUUCAUAGAGAUUUAAAACCACAAAAUAUUUUAUUAUGUAAACCACCAGGAAUUAAAAAUCCUAAAGUUAAAGAUAUAACAAUAAAACUUGCUGAUUUUGGAUUUGCAAGAUUUUUAACAAGUGAUGGUAUGACAACAACAUUAUGUGGUUCACCAAUGUACAUGGCACCAGAAGUAAUAAUGUCAUUAAAUUAUGGUGCAAAGGCAGAUUUAUGGUCUAUUGGUACAAUUGUUUUUCAAUGUCUUACUGGGCAAGCACCAUUUCAUGCUACAACACCACAACAAUUAAAAACUAAAUAUGAAAGAGCAACUGAAUUGAUACCACCUAUACCUGAUAAUUGUUCUAAUUAUUUACGUGAUUUAUUAAUAAGAAUGUUAAAAAAAAAUCCAAAAGAUAGAAUAGAAUUUGAAGAUUUUUUUAAUCAUCCAUUUUUAACAAUGUUACCAUGCCCUACAUCUCGAUCAGAUAGUCAUUUAACAAAAAAUCCUCUUUCAGUAACAAAUUUCCGUUCACCUCAUAAUAUUAUAUCUGGACAAAGAGGUGCCAUAAUACAACCACAUCAUUCACCUCAAUUACCAUACAAUAAUUCACCAUCACCCAGUAGGAGACCUUUACCAUCAACACCAUCAAAAAUUCAUGGUACAGGGGCACCCAAAAUAAUACCUUCACAGCAAGGUAUUCAUUAUCCAUCAUCUCGUCAUUCAGCUCUUUAUUCACCAUCACCAAUACCAUCAACAAUAGUUCAUCAACAGGAUAAUAAUCGUAUGGCUGAUUCAUCUGAUUUUGUUAUUGUUUCAUCUGUUCAACAAUCACCUAGAAAUUCUAGUAAUAAUAUACGUACACCAAAUUAUGACUAUUCAAAUCCUGUAAAACAAGUUCAAGUACAUGCUUCAUCAAUAAAAGCAGUUCCUGUACCUUCACAAAGAUUAUCAUACCAAAAAAUUGAAGAACAUCGUAGAUUAACAAAAACACCUUCAGGUACAUCACCACAAUCAUCACACUCACCAUCAUCACUUGAUCAUACAAUGAAAUUAACAACAUCUAGAAAUACUUAUUAUUCAUAUGGUAAUGGUAGUGGAUCACCAUCUUAUCAAUGUGUUGAUAAUAUAAAUGUACCAUCAACAAAGUUUAUUGUUAAUGAACCUAAAAAGAUAUCUAAUUCAAUUGAACAUUCUAGAAGGUUUACAUUAGGAAAUAUUGAAGAACAAACUAAAGGUAUUCCUGUAACAUCACGUGGAAAUAUUAUUAAAUGUAAUAAUAAUAGUUCAAAAAUUCCAACAUCAACACAAAUUCCUAGAAGUGUCACUGCACAAACACCAUUAACAUCAAUUUGUAAUGAAAAUCAAAGCCCAAAGAGUGAUUCAUUAAUUGAAAGUGUUAAACUUUUUAAAGAAUCACCACCAUCUUUAGAAAAUAUAAAAAAUACCUCAACAAAAGAAAGUGAUAAGAUGGAUGAAAGUCAAGAUGAGGAGAUGAAUAAUGAUAAUUCAAUUAACUAUACAUCAGUUAUAGAAGAAAAUCCAUCAAAAGAUAAUAGUAAUGAUAGAUCAAGAAAUAGUGGGUCAUCACAAAUAAUAGAAUCAAUGUCAAUUGAUGAAGCUUCUACAUCAAAUACUAAUAGUGUUACAUACCAAGGAAUAUCAUGUAAUAAAAAAAGAAAUAACAAUGAAAUGGGUAAAAGUGAAAAUUCUGUUGAUGAGACAAAUGAUAAUAAUAAAAAAGUUGCUUUAUCAUCUACAAUUAAUAAUAAAAAAGAGGCAAGUUGUAAAGAAAAUCUUCCAACAAUUGAUGAUACUGAGGGUGGUGUUGUAAUUGAUGGUGAUGAAGAAGAAGAAAAUAUAUUACCUGGAUUAGAGGAAGAAACAAUUAUGAGUGAUGAACAUAAACAAAUAUUAAAUAAAUUAAAAUUUAUUCUUGAAUUAGUUGAUACAUUAAUAUCUGUUGCUGAUUCAAAAGGUAAUAAUAUAUUUCAAAUAAUGGAAGAAGAACAAAAAUUACGAUCUAGUUCACAAUCUUCAGAUGCCUAUAGAAGAGCAGAACAAUUAGUUGUUUAUGUUAGAGCACUUCAUAUGUUAUCUUCAGCAUUAUUAAUGGCACAAAAACAAGUUGAUACUGAAAGGCUACAUCCAUCAGAGGCUGUGCAGAAUGUUUUAAAUCAAUUAAAUGAAAGAUAUCAUCAAUGUUUAUUAAAAUCUCAAGAACUUGCUUCUCUUGGUAUACCUGGUGCUGAUCCUUCAUUAGCUAUUGUUUCUGCUGAAAAAAUUAUGUAUAAACAUGCUAUUGAUUUAUGUCAAAGAGCUGCUCUUGAUGAAUUAUUUGGUAAUGCUCAUUUAUGUCCUAAAAGAUAUCAGACGGCUUAUAUGAUGCUCCAUACCUUAUCAGAACAAACACAAAAUGAACAAGAUAAAAUGGUCUUAUCAAAAUACAAAAAUGCCGUUGAAAAAAGAUUACGAAUAUUGGAAAAACAGGGAUUUGUUACAGCUGUAGCCAAUAGCUAG